UUUUAAUUUGUACAUUGUCUGCCAAAAGAGCAACUUAAAUUUAGAUUUUCAUCCACGCUUAAAUCUCGUCCAAAUAAUUUCGUGGUUUUAAACUAUUUGAACCGUUGCCAUUUUGGAACUUCUAUCACGCCUAAUCUCAUGAAGCUCACUUACUGCACAUUCUUGACAUCCCAGGCAGUUUCGGACGAGUUUUCGAAUAUGUACUUCCAUACCGGUGUCCUUGCUCAAAGCCUUUCCAGUGUCCUUUCAGAAGACGAGUUAGACGGAAACGACUCGAAAUGGCAAACUGAAGACGACGAGGUUUUCCAUGUUCCCGAGAACGAACUAAUUGCUCCACGACUACCAAGCCCAUGUCGCGUUGUCGGGGACAAAUCGAUCUUGGAGAAACAAAAGGCGCGUGCUUAUCAAGAGGAGCAGCAUCGGAAACCGAGUACUUCCAAAAGCACGAGUAACUCACCUAAACUGAAAGGUACAUUCUGCCUUUCGCCCGACAAGAGCAUUCCCUGGGCAAUCAAUGAGAAGUCGCUGAUCGUGCCAGUAAGCAACGACAAGUUGCAGUUCAUUCGCAACCCGGAUAAAUUCAAAACCGAGAUGUGCAAAGCUUUCAAGAAAGGUACUUGUACUUUUGGAGAAGGAUGUCAAUUCGCACAUGGCAUCAACGAACUACGUCCUGUUAAACUUCACAGCAAGUACAAAACUGUCAAGUGCAAAAACUUCGCGGCUAGUGGAACUUGUGUUCACGGGAAUAAUUGUGCCUUCAUUCAUAACGAAAACGAUCAGAAGGAAAAGUUGCACUCCAUUGGAAUGGUGAGUCUUUCCAGAAUAGCGGAGAAGGAGAUCAAAUAUUGGAGUACGCGCGGGAUAACCCUCAAGAGUGUCUAAAAAGGUGUAGCCAAAAGUGAAAACUUUUAUAAAUCUUUAUUUAUUUGAGCCAUAGGACUCAACUAUUUCUAUCUUUUAGUUUGGAUUUGUCUGUUCUGUGCUCUUUAAAUAGUCUAAAUAAUACUGUGUUAA